AUGAUAUAUAUUAAUAUUAAAGAUCUUGAAACUAAAGUAUCUUUGGAAGAAGAGAUUUAUCAAGAUAAGAAGCUUAUUGAAAUUUAUGAACAACGAAAAAGAGAUAAUAAAGAGGGAUUAAAGGCACUGGAAAGAUUAAAAGAAAGGGAUAAAGUAUGGGUCAAUGUAGAUAACCUUUUUAUGAGACAAAAAGUUGAAGAAACAAUUCGAUGUAUAAAAGAAGAUGAAAAAUAUUUAGAAUUAGAAAUUGAAAAAGUAAAGGAAAGAUUAUUAUGCUUGUGUGAAAAACUUGAAGUUUUACAAAAUAAAAAAAUAUGA